AUGCGUUUCUCUUGUGUGCUCGCUGUUGUUGCUGAUUUGACGGCAUUUAAAAAUCUACAAAUGCAGGAACGAAGCAUACCCCGCCCAGGUAGUACCGCUCAGACCAGGAAGAUAAUCCUCCUUGCGAACGGUCAGUAUGCGAUCAGAGGACGAAAUUCAUCACCAUACUUCCUUGAUGGACUGUCCUGGUCACGAAAUUCUUAUGUCUACGAUGCCGCAGUCAUGGAUGCUGCUCUUCAUCUAAUCGCAAGACACGAAACAUGCCCUCAGCUGCAGAUAUCGGAGCACUUGGCCGCGGUUGAAAUCAUGAAGCUAGAAAGCAUCAUUAUCUUGCAGAACAAGAUCGACUUGAUCAGGCUCUUGAGCACCAAAAAUCAAUCGCUACAUCCGGUAAGGGUGGGUCCUCGGCACGGUGGUGGUCGAGUCGUCACCCAUCGUUCCGAUACGCAACCGAAAUACAACAUCGACACUGUCAAUGAAUCCAUUGCAAAGCGUCUACCUAUCCCAGUCCGCGACUUUGCUUCCGAUCCCCGUCUCACCAUUAUCCGUUCCUUCGAUAUCGACAAGCCUGGUGCUGAGCUCGAUGAGCUCAAAAGUGGUGUUCAAUCCUCACAGACGUCCUACGAGCUAGGGCAAGAAGUAAAAAAUCGUCUGGGGAUCGUAACGAAAGGUACUCGGAGCCAGAACCGCUGCAGGCCCAUUUUCAGCAGGAUCGUCUCUCUGCACGCCGAGAACAAUCACUUACGUUUUGCAGUUCCGGGAGGGUAG